AUGAGCAUCAUGGACCUUCUCGUGGUUUUCCAUCGUUAUGUACUCUCAGCAUCCCAACAGUGUCAGCAUCCCAACAGUGUCAGCAUCCCAACAGUGUCAGCAUCCCAACAGUCUCAGCAUCCCAACAGUCUCAGCAUCCCAACAGCGUCAGCAUCCCAACAGUCUCAGCAUCCCAACAGUCUCAGCAGCCCAACAGUCUCAGCAGCCCAACAGUCUCAGCAGCCCAACAGUCUCAGCAGCCCAACAGUCUCAGCAUCCCAACAGUCUCAGCAUCCCAACAGUGUCAGCAUCCCAGCAGUCUCAGCAUCCCAACAGUCUCAGCAUCCCAACAGUCUCAGCAUCCCAACAGUCUCAGCAUCCCAGCAGUCUCAGCAUCCCAACAGUCUCAGCAUCCCAACAGUCUCAGCAACCCAACAGUCUCAGCAUCCCAACAGUCUCAGCAUCCCAGCAUCCCAACAGUCUCAGCAUCCCAACAGUCUCAGCAUCCCAACAGUCUCAGCAUCCCAACAGUCUCAGCAUCCCAACAGUCUCAGCAUCCCAGCAGUCUCAGCAUCCCAACAGUCUCAGCAUCCCAACAGUCUCAGCAGCCCAACAGUGUCAGCAGCCCAACAGUCUCAGCAUCCCAUCAGUCUCAGCAUCCCAACAGUCUCAGCAUCCCAACAGUGUCAGCAUCCCAACAGUCUCAGCAUCCCAACAGUCUCAGCAUCCCAACAGUCUCAGCAUCCCAACAGUCUCAGCAUCCCAUCAGUCUCAGCAUCCCAACAGUCUCAGCAUCCCAACAGUCUCAGCAUCCCAACAGUCUCAGCAUCCCAACAGUCUCAGCAUCCCAACAGUCUCAGCAUCCCAUCAGUCACAGCAUCCCAACAGUCUCAGCAUCCCAUCAGUCUCAGCAUCCCAACAGUGUCAGCAUCCCAACAGUGUCAGCAUCCCAACAGUCUCAGCAUCCCAACAGUCUCAGCAUCCCAACAGUCUCAGCAUCCCAACAGUCUCAGCAUCCCAUCAGUCUCAGCAUCCCAACAGUCUCAGCAUCCCAUCAGUCUCAGCAUCCCAACAGUGUCAGCAUCCCAACAGUGCACUUGUUUCUCCCGCCUCGCCACCUCCCGCCUCGCCACCUCCCGCCUCGCCACCUCCCGCCUCGCCACCUCCCGCCUCACCACCUCCCGCCUCGCCACCUCCCGCCUCGCCACCUCCCGCCUCGCCACCUCCCGCCUCGCCACCUCCCGCCUCGCCACCUCCCGCCUCGCCACCUCCCGCCUCGCCACCUCCCGCCUCGCCACCUCCCGCCUCGCCACGGUAGAACAAUUCUUGAAAGGGGAGUAUAAUAAUUCCAGCACUAAAACAGAGGCACACGUAGUCGAGGUAACAUCAGCAGCAUUCUGUCCACCUGUCACCAACCUCUGUUCACCUGUCACCAACCUCUGUCCACCUGUCACCAACCUCUGUCUACCUGUCAGCAACCUCUGUCCACCUGUCACCAACCUCUGUCCACCUGUCACCAACCUCUGUCCACCUGUCACCAACCUCUGUCCACCUGUCACCAACCUCUGUCCACCUGUCACCAACCUCUGUGCACCUGUCACCAACCUCUGUCCACCUGUCACCAACCUCUGUCUACCUGUCAGCAACCUCUGUGCACCUGUCACCAACCUCUGUGCACCUGUCACCAACCUCUGUCCACCUGUCACCAACCUCUGUCCACCUGUCAGCAACCUCUGUCUACCUGUCACCAACCUCUGUCCACCUGUCACCAACCUCUGUCCACCUGUCACCAACCUCUGUCCACCUGUCACCAACCUCUCUUCACCUGUCACCAACCUCUGUCCACCUGUCACCAACCUCUGUCCACCUGUCAGCAACCUCUGUCUACCUGUCACCAACCUCUGUCCACCUGUCAUCAACAUUCACACCACUGUCAUAAGUUUAACAUUCACUACUAGCAUGAAGAACAUUCCAUUUCCUCACUACCGGUAUGUUGAACAUUCCACUUGUUCACUGCCAUAUUUUUAA